GGUAACAUUUGUACACAUUGUAGCAUCACAAGUUGAAGUGAGGCCAUUGAUAAAUACUAUACAGGGUCGAUGUGCAUCCUACACCUGUGUUUGUAAUUGGUCGUGAAAUAACUCAACCUUGCGAGGGAAAAAUUUAAAUAUGUGCCUUCCUCUUUCCAUAAAUAAGCGCUCUUUUGUUUUUCUUCUCUGUGCUUUCUACCACACCCGGAUUUACUUAGUCUUUUAUCUCUGAUCCCCCCCCCAAAGUCUACACCUACCUCAGAAGGCUCUAGCUGGUUUUUUCUUCACCGCUACCCACCCGUUCUGCAUUUUCUCUUCGCCUCCUAUGCACACGCGCUGUGACAUUGUUCAAACACACCCUAAAUUAGACAGCCAGUCUCUUACCACUCUGUGUUGUCCGUCAUCAAACUAUAUCUCCCGCUCACAGCUUUGGAAACCAGCAACGCUGCAAACGGUCUGCAUAGCUUCCUGUCAUUCCAGUCAAUGCAGACAACACAUAGUCAACCAAGGUAGAAAGCAGAAGAAGAAAGAAAAUACAGUCUUCCUGUUGCACUGCCAGCAUUCUGAAUGUCAAUCCACAAGUGGAUCUUCGAAUGACUACUUCAUCACUGCUUUGAAAGUACCAGGAGUUUGUAAUUCAAAGUUCACCCUGUACCGGACACGCCGAGCCAUUUGGGAUUUUCCUGCUUAACAGGAAUUUUUAUCAGGAGGCAUGAGUGACUCCAGCCCAUCUGAUACGGUUGUGGGGGUCCUAGUCGUCCUUCUAGUAGGCCUAAUUCUUUUGCUGAUUUUCUUGUACAAAAAGUUAAACAGGGAGGCCGAUGGACAAUAUACAAUUCGGCGCAUGGUCUAUAAGGAAGGAGGGGUGAGGGACCGGGUGAGAGGUGCAGCAUUAGCAGUGGAGACAUUUACUGGCAUCCAGCUGUGGCCUCGUGGUGAUGCAAAUGAGGAUGGAGAGGAAAUGCAGGAAAUCCAAGACGAGGAGGGGCAGGUGGAGGGUGAUGGUAGCCAGGGCAGUGACACGGAGGGAGAAGAUGAACAGGAGGAGGAUGACAUGGGGAAUGGCGGUCAGACAAAGAGCGAAGGAGGUCACUCUUCAAGCCAUAACUCAAGUUUGGAGAUUUCGGAGGCGGACGAGCAAGCCAGGCUGAUGGAUGGGCCAAACUCGAAAGAAGAGAUGGAGAAGAAAGGGGAGGAAAAGCAGGAGAAAGUGGGAGAAGAGCAAAAUAAACAGGAAACAAGUGGAGGGGCUGGACUGCUGAUAGACCUAAAGAAUUUCUCCGGAAGUGCCAUUUGGUCUGGAGAAGAGGGAGGUGAGGGUAAAGGCGGGGAUGUGACUGCACUGUGAGGACAGAAUCAGGACAUAUGUAUGGUGGAGACAUUGGAAAAAGUCUCUUUUUGGUCACGUUUGUAAGCAGGAUUUUAGAAAUGCCGAGGUCAGAAUUUUAAGUUCCCCUAAAUGGCUGUUUAAAUAUGUAUAUUUUUUUGCUUUUCUACUCUGAUAAGGGAAAAAAACAACUCUGUGAAAUAGUGUAAAAAUGCUGGAAUCAACUUAGAAACACUCGCCACAUGUAAGUUUUUCAUUCCAUCCAGACUCCUGAAACUUCUCAAAUUCUCUGGGGACAUGACCUCAUUUUCUUAACUCCACAUCCCGAGGCAUCAGGAUAAAAAGCUGACUGAUGAAUGAAGCUGUUAAACCCUGUUAAAUACGCAGGAGUACACUAUAUUGGUUUCUGAAUGUUUGUUAAGAACUAUUAACCUUGAUAUUGUGGACUGUGUAUUCCGUGUUUUUGUAUCGUAUGAAAUCUUUGAUCUAACUUACAUGACAAUUAAAAAAACAGGAAAGAUU